CCCUGCCGGAGGAGAGAAGAACAGUUUUGUCAGACACUGAGACACGGAACAGCGGAGGACCACAACAGAAGAGGAGUACAGCUUAUUCACCAUUUAUAAGUUGCUCUGGACGAAGGAUUUCAAUUUAUGAAAAGAGAAAGAGUGGAUAUUAACAACGUUCACGACAAAGGUGGUGAGGAGCUGGAGAGUUCUCAGUGAGGUUGGGAAGACGUCAACAUGACAGUCUCCACUCAACUGUGUUUACUGCUUUGGAAGAACUUCACCUACCGACGGAGACAGACUAUCCAGCUGUUGAUUGAGAUCAUCUGGCCUCUGUUCAUCUUCUUCAUCCUCAUCUCAGUCCGAAUACAUUAUCCACCCUACGAGCAACAUGAAUGCCAUUUCCCUAACAAGGCCAUGCCCUCAGCGGGUACCCUGCCCUGGGUGCAAGGCAUCAUCUGUAACGCCAACAACCCCUGCUUCCGUAAUCCUACUCCUGGCGAGAGUCCCGGGGUGGUGGGAAACUUCAAUGAUUCGAUAAUCUCCCGUCUGUUCCUUGAUGCCAAGAAGAUCCUGCUCUACACUCAGAAUGAUCGAAGCUACGAGGGCUACAAGGGACUGCUGGGGGCCCUCAAGAAGAUGCAGAAGAACACUGCUCAUUUCAAGCUGAAGGACUUUUUGCAAGAUGAUGAGACCCUUUCCCACUUCCUUCACCACAACGCCUCACUUCCUCAUCACGCGCUGAAGCAGAUAGUGGAGGCUGACGUCAAUCUUGAGAAGGUGCUGACUAAAGGUUUUGGCUUCCAUCUGAGAGACCUCUGUAACACCACGCCCCUGGAGGAGUUUGUCCACAUUGCCGACCGCAACGUGUCCCGUCUGAUUCAAGAAACUAUCUGCAAUUCCUCCAGCAAUUGGCUAAACAAGGCCCAGAGCCACUUCCUGUCCAACUUGGACUUCUUCAAACCCAUUCGGAAGGAUGUGAGGUCGGACCCUAAAUUCGUCCAGGAAGUCUCCGCUGCAACAGACACUCUUCUGGAGAGCCUGGGAGCAUUGGCCGUGGAGCUUGCCAGUAUGAAGAGUUGGAAGGACAUGCGUAAGGAGAUCUUGUAUCUAACUGCCAAUGCCACAGGAUCUCCAAACCAGAUGUACCAGGCUGUGUCACGUAUCGUUUGCGGACACCCCGAGGGAGGCGGCCUCAAAAUCAAGUCUCUCAACUGGUAUGAAGACAACAACUACAAGGCCCUGUUCGGAAACCAUGGCAACAACAGCGACAGUGAUCCCAUAUCAGCUUACGACAACUCUUCAACUCCCUAUUGUAACUCCAUGAUGCGCAGCCUGGAGUCCAGCCCCAUUUCCAGGAUGAUCUGGAGAGCUCUGAAGCCUCUGCUCAUGGGGAAGAUCCUGUACACUCCAGAUACUCCGGCCACACAGAGAAUCAUCCACGAGGUUAAUAAGACCUUCCAGGAGCUCGGCCUGCUGAGGGACCUUGGAGGGAUGUGGGAGGAAAUGAGGCCCAAAGUUUGGAACUUCAUGGAGAAAGGCGAGGAAAUGGAUAUGGUCAGGACUCUGCUCCAGAAUAACGCCAGUGCCGCGUUCCUUAACGCACAGCUCAGUGGGACUGAGUGGCAUGUGUCAGAUGUGUCGGCCUUCCUGUCUAAGGUGUCAGAGGACCAAAGACCUGCAGGAUCCGCCUAUACCUGGAGAAACGUCUUCAACGAAACCGACCAGGCCAUACAGACCAUCUCACGCUUCAUGGAGUGUGUGAACCUGGACAAGCUGGAGCCAGUAGCUAAUGAGGAGAGACUGGUCAACAAGUCCAUGGGUCUUCUGAACAACCAGAAGUUCUGGGCUGGAAUCGUGUUCCCUGACAUCGCCCAUAGCAACAGCACUGACUUGCCUCCCAACGUCAACUAUAAGAUCCGCAUGGAUAUUGAUAAUGUGGAGAGGACCAACAAGAUCAAAGACGGCUAUUGGGACCCCGGUCCCAGGGCCGACCCCUUCGAAGACCUUCGGUAUAUUUGGGGCGGAUUUUCUUACCUGCAGGACGUCAUCGAGCAUGGAAUCAUCAGAGCCAUCACUGGCACUAAAGAGAAGACGGGCAUCUACAUUCAGCAGAUGCCCUACCCCUGCUAUGUCGAUGACAUGUUCCUGCGAGUGAUGAGUCGGUCUAUGCCUCUCUUCAUGACCCUGGCGUGGAUGUAUUCAGUAGCCAUCAUCAUCAAGGGCGUCGUAUACGAGAAGGAGGCACGUCUCAAAGAGACCAUGAGGAUCAUGGGACUGAAUAACGGCACCUUGUGGCUCAGCUGGUUCAUCAGCAGUUUAAUCCCACUCCUGAUCAGCGCCGGCUUGUUGGUGGUGUUAUUGAAGAUGGGAAACCUGCUGCCUUACAGUGACCCAGGCGUGGUGUUUCUUUUCCUGUCAGCCUUCGCCGUUGUAACCAUCAUGCAGUGUUUCCUCAUCAGCACCCUCUUCUCUCGUGCCAACUUGGCAGCCGCAUGCGGUGGCAUUAUAUACUUCACCCUCUACCUGCCCUACGUGCUGUGUGUCGCCUGGCAAGACUACGUGGGCUUUGGAGCCAAAGUUAUAGUGAGUCUGCUCUCUCCUGUGGCUUUCGGUUUCGGCUGUGAGUACUUUGCCCUGUUUGAGGAGCAAGGGGUGGGCAUCCAGUGGUCCAACCUGCUGAACAGCCCUCUGGAGGACGACAGCUACAACCUGACCACCUCUAUCUGCCUCAUGCUGUUUGAUGCUGUGCUCUACGGAAUAAUGACCUGGUACUUUGAAGCUGUGUUCCCUGGCCAGUAUGGGAUCCCCAGGCCCUGGUAUUUCCCUUUCACUAAGACGUACUGGUGUGGAGAGAAAGAGAACAACAACAUUUCAACUCCUUUGUCAAAGAAGGGCAACGCUGAAGCCGUGUGCAUUGAGGAGGAGCCAAGCCACAUCGAGCCAGGUGUUUACAUCGAGAAUCUGGUGAAGGUCUACAGCCAUGGAAACAAGCUGGCUGUAGACGGACUGUCCCUGAGGUUCUAUAAGGGGCAGAUAACCUCCUUCCUCGGCCACAAUGGAGCUGGCAAGACCACAACUAUGUCGAUCCUCACGGGGUUGUUUCCACCCACAUCUGGCACCGCCUAUAUCCACGGCAAGGACAUCCGCAGUGAACUCAGCACUGUCCGGCAGAAUCUGGGCGUCUGUCCCCAGCACAACGUACUUUUCAGCAUGCUGACGGUGCAGGAACACAUCUGGUUCUACGCCCGUCUGAAGGGGCUGCCGGAGGAGAAGGUGAAGGCUGAGAUGGAACAAAUUUUGAUGGAUGUCGGACUGCCUCACCAACGACACUCCCGCACCAGCACGCUCUCCGGAGGGAUGCAGAGGAAGCUGUCAGUGGCCCUGGCUUUUGUUGGGGGUUCAAAAGUCGUGAUCUUGGAUGAACCUACUGCUGGGGUCGAUCCCUACGCACGCAGGGGCAUCUGGGACCUGCUGCUUAAAUACAGACAAGGCCGCACCAUCAUCCUGUCCACUCAUCACAUGGACGAGGCUGACAUCCUGGGUGACCGCAUCGCCAUCAUCUCCCACGGCAAGCUGUGCUGCGUAGGCUCCUCGCUCUUCCUCAAGACCCACCUGGGCACAGGCUACUACCUGACUCUGGUCAAGAGAGACUACGACCUGACGCUUCAGUCCUGCAGGAAUUCUGCCAGCACCGUCUCCUACAUCAAGAAGGCCGAGAAGGAUGACACUGUAUCAGAGAGCAGUUCAGAUGCUGGUCUGGGCAGCGAACCCGAGAGUGAAACCACCACUAUUGAUGUGUCCCUCAUCUCCAACCUGAUAUUCAAGCAUGUGCACGAGGCUCGCUUGGUUGAGGACCUUGGCCACGAAAUCACCUAUGUCUUGCCCUACGAGUCAGCUAAAGACGGAGCCUUUGUAGAGCUUUUCCACGAGCUGGAUGACCGACUGACCGACCUGGGAAUAUCCAGCUAUGGAAUAUCUGAUACCACCCUGGAGGAGAUUUUCUUGAAAGUGGCUGAGGACAGUGGGGUGGAUGCUGUUGAGCUUUCAGAUGGAGUUGUGCCCACCAGGACUCGUCGCCAUCACGCAUUUGGAGACCACCAGAGCUGCCUGAAGCCCUUCACUGAGGACGACUUUGAAUUUAACGACUCUGAAGAAUCCCGUGAGACCGACUGGCUCAGUGGAUCAGAUGGCAAAGGCUCUUACCAGGUCAAAGGCUGGAGUUUAAAGAGACAGCAGUUUGUUGCUCUACUCUGGAAACGAUUCCUCUACGCUCGGCGCUCCAGGAAAGGCUUCUUUGCUCAGAUUGUUCUCCCGGCGGUGUUUGUGUGUAUUGCCCUGGUGUUCAGUCUGAUCGUCCCUCCGUUCGGAAAGUACCCAAGUCUGGCUCUGGAUUCCAGCAUGUAUGGAGAACAGUUUACCUUCAUCAGUAAUGACUUACCCGAGGAUCCUCACGUCAACAAACUACUGGGAGCUCUGACAGAAAAGCCAGGGUUUGGAACGCGCUGCAUGGAAGGACAACCCAUACCGGACACCCCCUGCACAGCAGUUGAGGGUGAGUGGUCGGCCCCGCCAGUCUCUCAAAGUGUGAAGGACAUGUUCGACAAUGGCAACUGGUCCAUGGAGGAUCCGUCUCCCAUGUGUGAGUGCAGCUCUGGAGGACGCAAGAGGAUGCUUCCUGAGUGUCCUGCCGGUGCUGGGGGACUUCCACCGCCAGAGAUGAAGAUCAGUGAGACAGACACUCUUCAGAAUUUGACUGACAGAAACAUCUCAGACUAUCUGGUUAAAACCUACGCUCAGAUCAUUGGCAAGAGCCUGAAGAACAAGAUUUGGGUCAACGAGUUCAGAUACGGUGGAUUCUCGCUGGGCGCCAGGAGUUCUCCGCUUACGGCCCACACAGAUGAAGUUGAUGAUGCGAUCGCUCAGCUGACAAGACGUUUCCGUCUGGAGAGAGGAACUGCAGCGGAUCGUUUCUUUAACAGCCUCUCCACUUUUAUGCAAGGAUUGGACACCAAGAAUAACGUCAAGAUCUGGUUCAACAACAAGGGCUGGCACAGCAUCGGUUCUUUCCUCAACGUGAUGAACAAUGGCAUCCUUCGGGCGAGCCUGCCAUCCGAUAAAGACCCCACGAAGUUUGGCAUCACUGCCUCCAAUCACCCGCUCAACCUCACCAAGGAGCAGCUGUCGCAAGUCGCAUUGAUGACGACAUCAGUAGAUGUGCUGGUUUCCAUCUGCGUGAUCUUCGCCAUGUCCUUUGUCCCUGCCAGUUUUGUGGUCUUCCUCAUCCAGGAGAGAGUGAACAAGGCCAAGCACAUGCAGUUCAUCAGUGGAGUGCAGCCUCUCCUCUAUUGGCUGGCCAACUUUGUGUGGGAUAUGUGUAAUUACGUCGUCCCAGCCACACUGGUCAUCAUUAUCUUCAUGUGUUUCCAACAAGACGCCUACGUCUCCUCCACCAAUCUGCCCGUGCUGGCGCUGCUGCUGCUGCUCUACGGAUGGUCGAUCACCCCCCUGAUGUAUCCGGCCUCGUUCUUCUUUAAGAUCCCCAGCACGGCCUACGUGGUUCUGACCAGCGUUAACAUACUGAUAGGAAUCAACGGCAGCGUUUCCACUUUUGUACUGGAGCUGUUUGGAAGCAAUGAAAUCGGUGGCAUCAACGACAUCCUGAAGAACGUCUUCCUCAUCUUCCCUCACUUCUGUCUGGGCAGAGGACUGAUUGACAUGGUGAAGAAUCAGGCGAUGGCCGAUGCUUUGGAGAGAUUCGGUGAAAACCGGUUCCGCUCCCCUCUGGCCUGGGACAUGGUGGGAAAGAACCUGUUUGCAAUGGCCAUAGAGGGCGUGAUCUUCUUCUGCAUCACCGUCCUCAUUCAGUACCACUUCUUCUUCAAAGCCAGGUCUUCCACCAGUCAUCUGAAGCCUAUUGGAGAAGAAGAUGAGGAUGUGGCCAGAGAGCGACAGAGGAUCCUGAGCGGAGGAGGACAGUCGGACAUCCUGGAGCUCAAACAACUCACCAAGAUUUACAAGAGGAAACAGAAGCCGGCGGUGGAUCGGCUGUGUGUUGGCAUCCCCCCUGGAGAGUGCUUUGGAUUGCUGGGAGUGAAUGGGGCAGGGAAAACAAGCACCUUCAAGAUGCUGACGGGAGACUGUGUGGUCACCAGUGGAGAGGCUUACCUGGCUGGCAAGAGUGUAAAUACAGAGAUAGAUGAGGUGCAUCAGAACAUGGGAUACUGUCCUCAGUUUGAUGCCAUCAACGACCUUCUGACCGGCAGAGAGCACCUCGAGUUUUACGCCAUCCUGAGAGGAGUGCCUGAGAAGGAAGUCUGUGAGGUGGCAGAGUGGGGCAUCCGGAAGCUGGGCUUGGUCAAAUAUGUAGACAAGUCAGCGGGCAGCUACAGUGGAGGAAACAUGAGGAAACUGUCUACUGCCAUCGCUCUCAUAGGAGGACCGCCUGUAGUCUUUCUGGACGAACCAACAACAGGCAUGGAUCCUAAAGCACGUCGUGCUCUGUGGAACGCAAUCCUGAGCAUCAUCAAAGAGGGCCGAUCUGUAGUCCUGACCUCUCACAGUAUGGAGGAGUGUGAAGCACUUUGCACCAGAAUGGCCAUCAUGGUCAACGGCAGGUUCCGCUGUCUUGGCAGCGUGCAGCAUCUCAAAAACAGGUUUGGUGAUGGCUACACCAUCAUCCUGCGGGUGGCCGGCCCAGACCCAGACCUUCGGCCGGUGAUGGAGUUCAUCGAGCGGGAGUUGCCUGGCAGCACGCUGAAGGAGCAACACCGCAACAUGCUGCAGUACCAGCUGCCCUCCUCCCUCACCUCCCUCGCCCGCAUCUUCUCCCUGCUCUCUCAGAACAAGGAGACCCUCAGCAUAGAGGACUACUCCGUCUCACAGACAACUUUAGACCAAGUGUUUGUAAAUUUCGCCAAGGACCAAAGUGACGAAGACCAUUUGAAAGAAGCCCAUCUGAACAAACGGGACGCUGUCGUAGUGGAUGUUUCCAAGCUAAACACUUUCCUCAAGGACAACACGACCAGGGAGAGCUGUGUCUGAUUCCACAACAUGCCAUCAGCGGGAGUUGCUACGCUUCCCACACCCUCCCCCAACCCAGAAAACAUGGACCACAAACCUGAGGGGGGAGACGAACUAUGUUCAUUUUUUUAUUUCUAUUUUUUAGUCUUUUUUUAAUUGUUAUCAUAUCUCAGUGGACCUGCACUUCAGCGCACAGCCUCUUAAAAAAGGCAGAGACUGCAGGUAUUGUGACACUGAAGCAAUGCAAAUCAAUGCAAGAAAUAUAUAUGAAUAUAUAUUUAAGAGGAUAUUCCUGUGAGGGUUGGAGACCGGUGCUUCUCCUUCACUAGAUGGACAGAAAGACAGAAAGACAUUAGAACACUUGAAGCGACAGCAGGAUGAUGGAGAAAGCUUGUAGCCUCGCUACUCGCUCAAUGGACACGGCAUCGGGGACGAUGGAAGGCAAUAUCUUUAGUUUUUAAUCCCCGUUCCUAAAAGUAUUUAGCAGUAGUCCGGGGGACUGUGUAUGUGCUGCUCUCUAUCGGGCAAUCACGACAGUGUUAAACAAAAAGAAGAAAGUUCAGAUCAUUCACUGCCAACUGCUAAAAAGACGGACUGACUACUUUUUUAUUCAAGGUCAAACCUCUCGAUCUCUCUUUAUUACCAAGUGCAGUUGUUUUUAUCAAGCAAAUGAUGGUAAAACAUUUACAAUCCAAUUGAUUUCAGUCACAAUCAUUCAACAUAUACAUUUUACAAAUUAGAUUUUCUUUUAUAUCAUUUAAUUCUAAUAUACAAACUUAACCUCUUUGGAGUUUUCUUUUCUUUAUUUGGAUAAUAAUUAAGAUUGAUAACCAAGUUUUCUAUUUGCUUUUAUUUGUGUCCUUUACAUUGUCCAGCACAGUGCCUAUACUGUAUCACGGUGGAGAGAGAAAUCUGAGCACUCCAUUAAAAACAACAACAAUUUACUAAGGCUGCCCAGGAAUGUAUAAGACUGAUAUCAACAAGCAUCAAAGCACAAAAAAGGGGCUUUUUGUGAAGAUGAUGAAUGAAACUUGACUGUUUAAAAAAAAAAUGUGUCCUUCAUUGUCAAAAACAAACAAAAAAAACUUUUGUGUUUGCUUGAUGUCUGUACAAGAUGUGCAGUCUGCUAUACUGGCUUGUUUGUACUCGCCCUGCUGUCUUUAAUCUAACUGAAUGCUAAUCAGAGUGGACGCAAGAUGACCAUCGCAGUCUUGAAGUUGCAGAGAAAACUGAAGGUUGCUGAAGAAUGUGGACUGGUUAUUGAAAGUUCAUUGGAAAUAUUAUACCGCAUGCUUUCCACUGGGCCACACACCUAGACUAUCAGCACAUCCGUGUGUGUGUGUGUGUGCCGGAGCAUGCCGUCAGAUCAGCUUGUAAAAACAACGGGAGGCUUCAUUGUUGUGGGAUUACUGGAACAUAUAGUCUAAAUCCAAAAUUCUGUUGUAAAAAAAAAAGGAGGACAAUCUGUAUCAAAAUGUGAUUUCUUUUGGACGGUGAGAUGAAACAGAUGGAAAUGUUCCUGCUGGUAAAACUGUAGCUCACAUAGACGGAGAAGUCACUUUCACAGCUACUCUGCUUGUGUUAGAUCUAAAGAUGGUGAGUUUUUACAGUAACGUGUGCUUUCAUACAUGCCUGUGUGAGGGCAGCAUGGGAGCGUUUUAGACCUUAGCCAGCACUGUUGGGAUAUUAUGUACAGUAGCAACUUUGUGAUGUGACCAGUGGAGUGAACAAACAGUAUCUGUGCCAAAUGGAGCUGAAUAUAUAUCUUUGAUCAACCAGCAUAAUAUGGAGGAGGCAACUGUUUUGUAAUGUUUAAGUUGUGCUUUGAUUUAAGUUCUUUAUCCAUCGUUAGCCGCUCGAAAAAUGUCAAAUUUGUGCUCCGUCAUUCAGUCUCCAUCAGUAUUUCUAUCAUCUCGUCAUGUUGCCAAAAUUCUAAUCUUUCUGUCUGUCCUCAUCAAUAAGCUGCCACACUGAUGUUAACUGUACUGUCAGUAACCCGACAUUUUUAGGAGUGAGGUUGAGAUACUUCACACAAAAUGAUGUUUCCAAAGCUAUAUUCAACAAGCCAGACUACACACAAACCGGGACCACGUCAAUUAGAGUUGUGCUUGUAAUGCUUUAUAGUCCCAACAGUCGUAUCCAAGGUUUAAAUCGACAACAGAUUGUGAUUACGGGUUCUCUGUGUCAUAUCAAAUCUUGGAACGCACCAAAACCCUCCGCUAAAUGUGAGCACUUUAUAGACUUCAUAGCCUAUUUUGUCAAAGAUGUAGAAGUAGUGAUUGGGUAUGGUAAAUUCGACAUUUAAAAAGACAUCUCUGCACUGAAACACAGGUAUAACUCAGACAAAAUUAACCACUGCAUCGAAACAUUUUGUUUGAAACUUGAAAUCGAGAACGAUUGGCUUACACGUUAACGAGAGAAAUGAGUGUAAUAAUGAAAAGCAGAGACGGUAGUAAGAUAAAGAGAGUAAUGCAGGGCAAAACUAAGGUGGUGAUUUUUCUCUUCUCAUGUUCAAUAUUAUUUGUUUACAUUUUUAAGUAUUAAACAGCUGUUUGAGUCUGUUA